CAUCGCACAUCUCACCCCGACUCCACGCGAGCCAGGCGCGCAUCCGCAGUCAGUCAGUCAGUCGGGUCGGUGAAACGAAACGCAUAUCGCACUCUACGCAGCCUCCCCCUCCGCGCCUUCCGCCUAGCAGCCGGCUGCUUCUUGCCUCAACCCCGGCGCUCCUUCCCACGCCGCACACACUGCCCGAGUCGUGGGCUGUCUGCUGCGUUCAGCCUUGCGACCAGCGAGCCUCCGCUGCGCCCUCGAUCAGGCGGCCGCUUGGGAGACCGCGAGGGCCAUACAAAGGGCUCUCAUCACGGCGCCGUCUCGCCGUGCACCAGCCCGAGGGGACGUGAACUGAGGGAUGGCCACCGCAACGCAGCUCAUGCCGUCUCCAACCACCAACGGCCUGAAGUCCUCGUUCAGCCCGUAUACCGACUCGCCCUCGUCGCCCGCGCCCUUCUCCCAUGUCUUCUCCAACAGAUCCUCGAAUGCGGACCAUCUGCAGCCCCCGCCGAGUCCCUAUCCCUCCACCGUGGACCCCUCGCCAGUCGACAGCAACGGAACCAGCGGAACUGAGAUCGAGGACGACGCGCAGGUAAACCAGCCCAGCGACGAUGAGGGCAGCGACAUCCACAUCAAGUCGCCGCUGGACGACAUCGUCAGUCCGGUGAGCCUCGAGAGCCAGGCCAAAGUACGCGCGGCUGCAGGAACGACCGACGCGGAUGCAGCUAACAGUGCGCAGCCCUCGCGCCUGAACACGUCGCUGCCUGUGCGGUUGCGCGCCGACUCCGACGAUGCGCCGCAGUCGGUCAUCCAUGCGCCCACCAACUUCAAAACAUUUAAUCGCUCGAGCGUGUCUGUGCCAUCGUCAAAUGAGACGGCCUCCGAUAACACUGCUGUGGUGUCUCCGCAAACACCAGAAGCAAACAUGAUCCCCGACGAGAAGCAUUCGUCUACUUAUACACAUCCAAUUGAUACCGCCGUCCCCUCCGCCGCCGCUCCAGACCGCUCUACUCCACGCGCCCAGACGCGUCAAGAGUACGAAGAGGAAGGCAAACGACGCAGUGCCCGGGUUAGCGUCAGCCUCGCAGACAUCGCCGAAACGGAAGACAUUGGCAUAUCGGAGACAGCCUCGAGUUCCACAUUCGACAAUGAGAGUCAGAAGGGAGACUUACAAAGCCCUAAAUCACCCCUCGCAUCCAUGGCAGCGGCCGCAAGCGCAGGCACUCAGACAAUGGGCGAAGUUCUACAUGGCAUCAACGAAACUGAAAAGGAAAUCGCUGCCCUCCGCAAUGCGUUGCACGAGUGCUGGACCCUGUGUAACACCCUAGCGAAGCUUAGCCAGACCCACCGCCAAAAGAUGUUCUACUACUCUGGCUCCCACGGCGAAGUGCAAGAACACGCCUGGAGAACUUGCUGGCGCCUUUGCCAGCGGCUAUACGAGAGUCGAGACGAGGAUCCCACCACUCAGAUUAAGCCAACCCUGGAACUUUGCCGCGACUUCUGCCAGGCGCUGUUCGAUGUGCGGCAGCGCGGCGAUGAAGCUUCGGACUCCGUGCUGCGAGUGAGCUUCGAACUCAACAACCAUCUUUACAAUGCCCACGACCGCAACCUGCCCGAGGCUUUUCAAGAACGCACGCUCGAAUUCUACCUUACGCUGUGUCAUAGACUGAUGAAGCAACGAACAUCCCUUCCCGAGGAAACCGAUGCAUUGCUACAUGCUUGCUGGUCACUGGCUGAGAUGCUUUUUAGCAUCCGUCAAAACAGUCGCGACAACAAGCCGGCCGACGAGGAGAUCUUUGGAUCUGCGAUCCAAGCGUGCUGGGAGUUGUGUGACCUCUUCCGAGAAGGGUGGACACAGGUACGGCCGGAGCGUGGAACACCCCGCCCAUCGCAGUACACGUUCACGGCCGCCCCCGCCUCUGUGUCACACUCACAGACCACCUACUCGGACACAUCGGGGCGUUCUUCUAGCCUCAACGAAUCAUAUCAUUCCGCGGUGUCGAUGCGGAAACAGCUCCUCAUGCACCCUGAGACGCCCACCACAAUAUUUGACGAACGAGAAGAAUUUUCGCCUGCAGAAGAACCCAACGUUCCGAACAUCUUGAUCCUAGGCCCGGAAGCUGGGCAAACGCGAACACAUGAUCGUUGGUCAUCUUCUUCCUCGAAUCUCUCUACGUAUUCGGACGCGUCCCAGUCCAUCCACAGCUCCUCUACAGCAACAGCGGGUCGUGAAGACCCUAACCUCAUUCGAUUAAAAGGCCUCAUUGUCAAAGCCGCACUUAAUACUGGAUACUCACGGCAAACGCCCUUGCCUGACUUCAUUCGGACUCUGCCUUCGAACAGCUUCGGAAAUCUGCCAUGGCAAAGCGCUCUUUUCGAGCACUACAAGCACCUCGUGCUUACAGAUCCCACUCUACGCAACAUCCACACGCAGCCUCUUCGCAGGCUCACUGCAAGUGAGAUCGGAAGGGCAGUCCAGUGGAUGGCGCGAAGCAAGAGUUUCAGCUGGAUGUCAGACCUCUAUCGAUUCGUGUUUGGUGCCUUUCCAGAAGAUGCUGGGCAACGCAACCUUAUUAUUAAUGCGUAACGUGUAACGCAGCGCAGCAUCUUUGUGUUAUUCUCGGUUUGACUUUUUGACAUUGUCAGAGGGGCUGGUUAUUUGUGUUUGACAUUCUGUGCGAUAUACCCCAUUUUACAUUCUUUCAGGCGCGCGGGAACCUUCGGACUAGUGUAUAGCCGAGGCAUGCGUCGCCUUGCAUUUGUAUAUAUGAUGACCUUUAUAUAUGUGAUGAACACGCAGAGGCU